CGGCCAUCUGUCAAGUGUCACGCUGGUGAUUGUCUGCCAUAUCAAAGCAUGGCGUAACUAUGAGAAUAACAACAGAGCUUCUCCAGUCGCAGUCUUUUGGACCGCUUGAAUGCAUCGAAUACCUGGACUUAUCGGGUCGUGGAAUAGCAUCCAUUGAACGACUGGAAUGCUGUCCGAGGCUAGAGACCCUGAAGCUGAAUAACAACAACCUCCAGGAAGUUUACCAUCUCGAGUGUUGUCCACGUCUUUGGCAUCUCGAUUUGAGCAAUAACCAGGUUGUGUGUCUGGAUGGCUUGUCACGGUUUCUCGCCCUGGGCACCCUGGUGUUGUCCAACAACAACCUCUCCUGGAAGGACCUGCUCAAGAUACGACACAUCCACAUCCUUAGUCUCAGUCUCCAUGGAAACCAGCAGAUGGAAAAGAACCCAUACUAUCGGAUUCAUGUCAUUGACUGCUUACCAAACAUAUGGAUGCUUGAUGGUAGAAUAAUUACAUCUGCUGAAAGAAUUCAAGUAAAAGCCUUCUUCCAGGAUUCUGCCCUUACAGACCGGCCAGUGAGACACAUGUUGUCAAAAGAAUGGUUUUUUCCAAGCAAUUUACAAAAAAUUCAAGUGAAUGGAAUCUUUGGAGAAAAGGCAAAACACAUGAUGAUUCGAUUCCCAGCAAAUGCACUGCACAAUAUUGAAAUUGACCAGCGUCGACUGAAAUACUUGGCAUAUAUCAUACAAGAAGAUUUAGUAUUAGAGAAAACUUAUACACAAAAAGAAAUAUCCGUAUUUAAAUACAAGAAAACAUUUUUAGAAGACUUACUGCAUGACAGACCCGAUGAACGGGAAAAGUGCAACAUGUUGCUCAUUUUGUUAGUGGCUUCACUUGAGUUCCAAAUGCCAGCUCUGUUGAUGAAAGAUACACUGGACACAGCCAAACUAUACAGAUUUGGUCAGAUGUUCACAAUAGAUCUUUUCCUUCUCCCCCGGAAUGCUAGAUGUUUGGUUGUGUCCAUAUUGCUGGGAGCUUUGAAGAUUGACAGAGACAACCAUGAGGAUGGUGGUCUCUAUGAUGAACUGUAUUUGUGCAUUUUCUAUCUAGUGACCAACUUGAUGAAGCUGAGCCAAUCAGAUCAAAAGAAAGCCUUAACCGACAAAUCAAAAAGCAGUAAGUUGUACUGUAACUACAAGUGUUUGCUGGCAUCAGAAGUAGUUCAGAUGUUGUGUAUUGUCCCGUCAUUUCUUAGAUACCUGGAGGAAGAUGUUGCUGGUGUGAGAAAUCUGGUAAUAACUGGCACGGGAGAUCCAAACAGUGUGGAAACUGUCUUGAAGUUGGCUGCAAUGUACAGAGAACAACAGAAGGAUUCUGCGAGUUUAUACGAGGGUGUCUAUGAAACGUUGCUGCAGAAGGUCCAAGAACGAGCUAGGAACAUCACAAAUAAAACUCACACCAAAGGGAAUAACAGCUUGGAGCUGUUUACAUCAAAGGCUUUACCAAUGAAAGGAUACAGAACGAUAGCGGAGAUAGCGGAGUACCACACGCUGGGCGUGUCCAGCCCGGAUUACGACCCUGACUGUCUCCAACCCACCACGAGAUCGUGUUACAAGAACAUCAAGCGCUUCCCACAUUUAGGAGAUGCUGUUCUUUUGGGACCACAGACUAUUGGUAAAAUAAUCUCACUACCUCAGCCAUUUUUGGCACUUGUUGGCAUGGAUACUGUUCCAGUUCCUAAUGGUGCUAUGGAGUUCCGACUGAAGGAUUCAGGCGACCACUACACCUACCUAAACAUGGAGCAGUUCGAAUGGAGUACACACUGCUGUAGAUGGAGACCACUGGGAACUGUUGGAGAUAGAUACACAAUCCAGAGCAUUGCUGAUUUUGAGUAUGACUUGUUGAAGAGAGCCGAAAUUUGGGAACACUUUGGUUGUCCGAACUCACCCGUACCGAGUGAUGCUCUGGAGUCUGGAGCCUUAAUGUAUACCCCACGUCAACAGUCUGCAGCUUCUACUAGAAGUGUGAAACACAAGGUUAGGCCACAGUCACUUAAAGUACAACAGGUGCAAAAGGAACAAGAACUAAAACAGGAAAUUAAGCCACAGCAACAACCGAAGGAACAGUUGGAAGAAACGUUGCAGGAAACAUCAAAGGAACAGAAGUCACAAGAGGAAUUAAAAGAACAAAAGUCACAAAAGGGAGAAGAAAAAUCACAGAGUGAUCUAAAGGAACAAAAUUCACAGGAGGAACAGCCUAAAGAGCAACAGGAAGAACAAGGGGAACAGCCCCAAGAUGAACCCGAGAAACAAGGCUCACAAGAUGAACCAGAGAAACGAGGCUCACAAGAUGAACCAGAGAAACCGAAGUCACAAGAUGAACCAGAGAAACAAGGGUCACAAGAUGAACUAGACAAAAAGAAGUCACAAGAUGAACUAGAGAAACAAGGGUCACAAAAUGAACUAGACAAACCGAAGUCACAAGAUGAACUAGAGAAACAAGGGUCACAAGAUGAACUAGACAAAAAGAAGUCACAAGAUGAACUAGACAAAAAGAAGUCACUAGAUGAACCAGAGAAACAAGGGUCACAAGAUGAACUAGACAAAAAGAAGUCACAAGAUGAACUAGAGAAACAAGGGUCACAAGAUGAACUAGACAAACAGAAGUCACAAGACGAACCAGAGAAACAAGGGUCACAAGAUGAACCAGAGAAACAAGGGUCACAAGAUGAACCAGAGAAACAAGGGUCACAAGAUGAACUAGACAAAAAGAAGUCACAAGAUGAACUAGAGAAACAACAGUCCCAAAAUGAACUAGAGAAGAAACAAUCUCGAGAUGGAUUAGAGAAGCAACAGUCACAAGAAGGACUAGACAAGGAACAGUCACAAGAUGAAGUAUUGAAACAGUCACCAGAUGAACAAGGGAAAGAGGAGGAAGAAGGGGCACAUGAGAAACACAGUGAACUGGAGGAUGAACAUACAGAUGGUGAACCGCAGGGAAAAGGUGAUGAACAUCAGGAACAUGAUAAACAGCAAACCCAAGAGUCAGGUGAUCGAGACGAAAACCAGCCACAGGCAUCUGAAGAAGCAGAGAAACAAGAGCAGCCACAGUCCUCCAUUUCCAGAGAAAGCCUAAAGCAGAGCAAGUCUGGAUCCAUUCCGUUUAACAGUCAGGACAGGCUGAGUGACCCAACAGCCAGAUCGAACUCCCUGGAGGAAAAGCAGUUGGCUUCUGUUUUGAAACAAAAACUGGACUUAAAACUAGACAUGGCUACCAGAUCGAAGUCUGCAACAAUUAUUCUUAAUGGACCUUCCUGGUCAAACGAGUCUGCAAAAGGAGAAAACCCCAUAGAGUUGUCAAAGAAUAAUUCUGCAAUAAUGUGUGACUGUGAAGACUUUUCUGGAAAUCAUAUUGAACGGACAUCUAGACCAAUGCAGAUAUCAGCUCUCAAGCCACAAAGAAGAAUAACGCUACCUGCUGAUGCUGAAGAUGAUAAAGCAUGGUCUUCUGAGGACGAAGAUCUACAGAAACUCGCUAGUCAGCAGUCCCGAUCUGUGACUGCAAAAUAUUACUCAAGACCGGGCACAGGCAAGGGCAGUAACUCCGUCACCAGCUGGUCACAACGGACACAGAGUGCAGCGAGUGGGAACAGGGGAGGUAACUGUAGGACCUGUUUGGAGUCGUCUUCGUCUCACAACAUACAGCUAGCAAUUCAGAUGCCUAGUAUCCUUGACAACGCGAGCGAGCAGACAACAGUGAGGAGUGUGACCACGCCCAAGCCGUCGGCCAGGCCCACAGAACCGGGGAUGCAGAUCAGAGGGUCGGCCAAGAACAUCACACGGGUCGUCUCAGGGAGAAGACCUAUUCCUGUCAAGGGGAGACCAUUCAGUGCUGCCGCUGCAUACCGAUAUUUUGUUGCCGAUAAGAACUCACAACAAGAAAGUGUGUUUAACACUGACUUCCAGCAUUCGAGAACCGAGGCUUGGAAGAAAACUGCGAGAAUGUCAGCAUCAGCAAGUCCUCUGUAUCGCACAGUAAACCCACCACCUCCGCAGCGCCCCACGUCUCCGGUAAACAAGAGUGUCCCGAAAACCAGCGCCCAAGAUGCACGUGACCAGGACAGACAACUGGCUGGCGGGAGGACGUGAUGUGUACUGGGACUCGUAUACGCUCAGGGUGAGGCCGAGUCACACCCCGGGGUGGAAGGAAGGUCUGCCGGAGAGCAUGAAGAGACCCAAGUCGGCCUACUGUGCCAGAAACACGAGACGUACCAAAGUCCCAACAUCCAUGAGCUAUGAGUUGAGUGAUGGUGCAGUGUCUCUGAGUGAACUGCCAGUGCUGCGAGAGAUUGGAGACUACUACCCACUGUACCAACAACUUGGACUCGCACACAGACAGGCGUCACAACCAUACGAGGAAAUUGUCUUCGCCAAACCAACUCAAGAUAUACUUUAUAGGUAGAGCUAGACUUCAUCCCAGCACACUUGAAUGUGUAUUAAAACCACAAACAUUCGGCAAUUGCAUUGUCCACAUACUUAUUUAUUUAUUUAUUUAGCAGUCUGUAGUAAGUAGAGAAUUUAAUGUUUUCACACUAAAAAAUUAUAUAGAAGGACAUUGUGAAAUACAUUUUAAUACUUAGUUUCUGGUGCAAGAAAGAAUUAGUUGUAAUAUGAUAAUUUUAGACUGUAGAUUUGAGGGUAUGUUUUUGAUGUUAUAUUAGCAAAGUCAACCAUUGUUUUCCCAAGCAUGCUGUGAUAUUUGUUUGAAUAAAACUGUACAUAAAAUGGCUUACGUCACAUAGUUGAUAUGAAUAUCAGUAUUAAAGAGACCCUGUUCGUCA